CUAAAGGCACCUUUUUUCUUUUUAGCAUAUAAAUAUAAUAUAUUCUCACUUUUCUCAAACAAAUUAAAAUUAAAUAUUAUGGUCUGCCACUUAAACAAUCACUAGUCUACAUGGAGGAGAACAAAGUUAUUGCUACUGCUAAUUAACCCUUUUCUUUUCGAAAACACAUAACUAAUCAUUCGGUGAAUAUUGACUGUUAUAUUCAGAGUACAUCAAGAAAAUGGCGGAGAUGGAUUUGGAUUUCGACAGUCCAAGUAAAGUUCCGACUAGGCAAGCCCGUUUUGCUCCCAAAUUCUCUAAAUUAAAGCCCCAACCAGAAACCAAACCCAAAAGUGAAACACUGCCUUCAUCUGAUUCGGCUGUUUCGACGAAAAAGGAAGAAUUAGGUUCACAACCCGCACUAACAGAUCAUCUAGAGAAAAACGGAGCGGCAACGGGUAAGGACAACAUUCCAUUGGACCAGGAGACUACGGGAAUCGACGUGGCGGAAGAACAAGUUGCGAUGGAAACUGACAGCGAUCAAGAUGAAGUUAUUCGUGAAGUUGAUGUGUGUUUUACCCCUUCCUUCGAUCCCAUCACUCAGCUAUAUGUGUUUCAAUAUCCAUUAAGGCCCGUAUGGCGUCCCUAUGAAUUGGAGGAAAGAUGCCAAGAGGUUAGGUUGAGACCUUCAACUGCAGAAAUGGAGGUUGAUUUGGCGAUAGAUUUUGAUUCUAAAAAUUUUGAUAGAGACUCUGUUCAUGCAGCAACGAUGAAAAAGCAGACUCUUUCUACAACAUGGGUGCCAUUACCAAGUUGCGCCUCUGGAUAUGCUGUUGGGGUCCUCAUUGGUGAUAAGUUCCACCUCAACCCUGUUCAUGCAGUUGUACAGCUCCGACCAUCACAUCAGCAUCUUAAGGAAAGUGAGUUGAAGAAGAACAUUACCUCCAGCAAUGACGAAAAAAAUGUUGAAAAUGAAGACGUCAAGGAGAAAAAGCCUGUGGCUCCAUCAAAGAAACAGAACAAACCACCUGGGAACGGCAAGGAUAUUGGAGAGCAUUGGUUACAUCUAAAAUACCAUGGGGCCAGGAGUGACAUUUCAGCCAGACAUCUGCAGAAAAUGGCUGUGGAGGAAGGUUCUCCAGUACCAUUUUCAAUGAACCCGAGUGAUUAUCUGAACGCCUUUUGUCCUGGAAGACCAGCCGACACUGACAAAUUCGAAAAGCUUCGAAUAAGGUUGUCUCAAUUACCUCUUGAAGAACGGGUUAGAACUUGGCUUCUUGAGGGGCCUCCAAUUCAUCGUUUUGAUGCUCUAAAGCACCUAGCGCCAGAUAAUCCUGUUGACGAGAUUAUGAGAGUCCUCCAAAUAUACGCUCAAUUAGUUCAAGGAUUGUGGGUUCCAAAAAGUUCAUUAGUCUAUGGAACGAAUAGUGGAAUUGAAGUUUUAGCGAGGAAUUUUGUUCUUUAUGAGUUUACCAAGAGUAUCUUUAUUAAGAAGUCAGUUUUUGGUAGGAGGCCUGAAUUCCUUAAAGCUGCGACACCAGCACUAAAAGCAUUAGCUGUUGAGAGGACUGACCUGAAUGAUUGGAAGCUCAAAGAGCAUCCUGACAAGAAAUUUGAAAACCUUUAUGGUGAUGUUGUGAGGGAGCAGCAAGCUACCUGGGAGUGCUUGGGGAAAAAGAUCAAUGAGGUUUUGCCUGGAGGAAGAAACAGGACUGCUGUGAAGAAUCCCUUAAACCCAAAUGCCAAAAUUCCUACAUUGCCAAGUGGUGAUAAACCCACUUCUAGCUCACUUUUGAGAACAUCCAUGUCUGAAGAAAUUCGAGAAGCUUUACCAAAGGCGCUUCAAAAUGUAUUUAGAACUUAUAAGGUUUGCAGUUUCCAACAGAUCUGCCAAGUUCUGCAAACACCGGCAGAUUCUACGUCAUCUCCUCAAAAGGGAGCUCCAAAGAAAGCUAUCACUGCAGCCGUUGGUGUUUCUGAUGCACCUCAAGAGGAGAUACAGGCAGCGCUUAAUCAGGUUGCUGUAAACAUCCAUGGUGUCUAUGUUUUGAAGUCAUCGCCAGAUAAUCCACAGUAUGACGCAUUGAGGAAAGUUGUAAUUGAUCUUUUUAUGGCUGAAGGGCCUAGUGCAAAGCUAAAGAAAGCAUCUAUAUUUGAAGCUGCCAAGUUGCAACUGAAAAGGGAUAUUACUAGUGUUGAGUUUCAAAAGGUUAUGAAGGAACUAUGUCAUUCAAAAAAUUCAGCAUGGGUUUUGGCAAGUGGUGACAGCGAUCCACAAUAGUCUGCAUUCUUUAAUUCAAGUUGUACAGGUCAUGGAAAGUACAUGUUACUUGCUGAAAUUCUCAGCAAGUUAGCUUUGGUUGAGGUUUCACUUUACUCUUGAGAAGCACAAUUGUUUAGCUUUGGGGUUAUGCCAUGUCUCAAAGUUAGGAAACGCGUUGCUAGUUGCCAACUUACCAUUAUCGCGAUAGGAUGAUCAAUAACUAUGCAUAAAAUUAAGUAGAGUCGAUUUGAUUA